GGUCAUUUCUCUUAGUGAUCUGUUGGAAUGAAGAGCAUACUCUACGUUGUGCGACUGGUUACGUUUGUUUGCGUGUUAUGCGCUUGCGAUGUUUCCUGCGAAUAUUUUAUGCCAUAUGAGAGAACAUCUAUUGAUGAUUGCAAUUUACGAUAUAUUCGCCCAAAGAGCAAGAAUUUUGAAGUCAAGGCAAUUGGAAAUCCCAGCAAACCUGGAGAUUUUUCUGCAAUUGCAGCUAUUGGCUGGACAAAACCAGGUGGUACAGUCAACUGGAACUGUGGAGGAUCGCUGAUAUGGGCAAAUUUCAUUCUCACAGCAGCACACUGUACUAAAGAUCGAGACACUUUACUUCCACCAGAUGUAAUUCGAAUAGGCGAUUUGAAUCUCUAUGACGAUCGAGAGGAUGCAUUAGUGCAGGAACGAACAAUUAUACGCGUAAUACGUCAUCCGCUCUACAAUACUUCUUCGGUUUUCUAUGACAUUGCACUGUUGAUGCUGAAUGAAAAAGUCAAUAUAUAUUUUGAAGUUAUGCCAACGUGUUUAUGGUUGGACGACAAUAUACCGUUCUCAAAGGUCGAGGCUGCUGGAUGGGGUACUAGCGGAUUUGGAUAUGGCAAAACAAAUAUUCUCAUAAAAGCAGAGCUGAAGCUAAUGGCAAACAAAGAUUGUGAGUCAUAUUAUAGUCAAGUUGCUUCAGUAAAAAAUGGUCUGAUGGAUCACCAGCUCUGUGCCUGGGAUAAAGUAAUGGACACAUGCCCGGGAGAUUCCGGAGGACCGCUACAGCACAAACUAAUCUUUGGAGACUAUAAAGUUCCGUUUCUGGUCGGUGUAACAUCGUUUGGUCUGUCGUGUGGAAAUUCUCAACCAGGUGUGUACGUAAAGGUGUCCAAGUUUGGAAGUUGGAUUGUUGAAACGCUACAACAACAUGGAGAACGAGUGACGGCCGCCAUGUUUGAGCCACUGGCUUGUGCUGGUAGGCACCUACUCAAGCGAGAAAUAUAUUUUCCUUCAAAAUUCACGGAAAAACAGAACCACAAUGUGCAACUCAUAUGGCCGCAAAAUUCAUAUCUCGAUAUAUGUAGUGGUGUUUUAACAGAGCCCGAUGCCGUCCUUACGACGGCUCAAUGCGUCACAUUAUAUGGGUAAGUAGAUGAGUCCAAUAAUUCACAAGAUUUAACACUUUAAGCGCCGCGUCCAAUGAAAGCGUAUGACGAGUUUGCUCACCUCUCAGCUCAGUGAUUUUCUUUGGAACGAAUUUAGGAGGAAAGGAAGAACGAGAACGACAUGCGAUACGCCAAUUAUCGCAAUGAAACAAAAGAGCGAUAAAAGUCGCACGAAA